AUGCAGGACGCCAAUACACCGCGGAAGAGUUGGGGGCUGUUUCACAAGCCGGACUUCUCGAAGCUCAGAAGCGUACGUCAGACGAUUCAAGCGUUGUUUGCCGUACUGCGCGAAUCGGGUUUCGUACUGGGAGCCUUUGAGAUGGAGAGGGUGUAUGAUUGGGACUUGAAGUCAUGGAUGAACGCGAUCUAUGCGUUUCUUGAUCCGCUCACGGUCUUGGUUGGCGCAGUCGAGCGUAGGACGAUCCCGAUCCAAGAUCGUAAGCCCAAGACGCGGCCAGCCUUGCCUCCACCGGAGUAUGCGUCGAGCGAGGACUCCGAUAGUAGCGUCGAGUCCCCGAAACGGAUGUCGAUGCGCCAACCGCCACGCGUCAUGCAUCUCGCAGCGACGACGGCUGAACCGGAAUCGACGAGGAUGCAAACUGCACCCGGGACGACGUCGUCCGCUCCGGGCUACGCGAGCCCGACGCCCACGUCCCACCGCGAUACGGCAGAAGCGGUCCCUCAAGAGUCGACAGACGUCGCGAUGGAGUCGGCGCCGGUGUCGGGCGCGCCUCUGCGCCUCUCGGCGUUCUCGAAACUGAAGGAGUUCAACAGGAAAGACGCCAGUGAGGAGAAAGCCCGUGCCUGGGUUAACCGACUGAAGUUUGCGUCAAGACGCGAUGGAAUGACCGGAGACGAAGUGUGCGCGCUGUUCGGAGACUUGAUGGCUGGGCCCGCGCGUCAGUGGUAUUUGCAACUGAAGAAGUCGACGAGUACGUCCUGGACCGAGUUGACGGACCAGUUCCGCGUCCAGUAUUGCGGUAAAGGCGUGUCCAUAACGAGCCGCUACUACCACGCGUCUAAACAUGUGGAUGAGACACCCCUCGAAUAUGUGUACCGGCUGAACGUCGCAGGCAUGAGGGCGAAGAUCCAUUACUCCGAUGGGAUGCCCGAAGAGAAACGCGAACAUGUCGAGCUGUUCAUCAACACCUUGGGCGCACAGGAGCAAGAAUUGGCAUCACGCCUCUCGCUGAUGAAAGUGCCGGACGCGGCCACGUUGGAGAAGAAGGUUCACGCGCGACAACACAGUCUCACACACCAGAUGAAAACGCUCUUUGGCUCAAACCGAUUCCGACAGAAGGCGCCGGCGCGAACGCAGACGCCGACCAGGGCCCCGGUUGGGCGACACAUGUGUCUACGGGUCGCCUAUAUUACGAAGAAGUCGGCAGUCCUAGACGCCCACACAACGGUUGGCUGGUGGUCGUCCGUUGACUCAAUACCGCGUGCGUUUGGGUUCGUGCGGCCUGGAUCGCGGAAAUAUGACGAGUGGCAAAACCUGGCGUACGAGGCAACGUCAGGUGUGAACGACAAAGAGAUCUUCCAGGAAUCACGCGAGCCGGUGACGGAGCGAAGGGUCGUAUCCGCCGACACAACUCCAACUCGGGAAGCCCGUUGCCCAGAACCGGGAGACGAACCGCACCUUGAAAAAGAGCAGGAAGGUGGGCUGCGUCCUAUGACGGGGUCGACCGAUGGUCUAAACGAGUUUGGCGUUAACUUCGAGAGCAUUCCAGAAUACGAACAUGCUGACGAGGAAGUAAUAUUCCACGAAGGUUCGGACCUGUACGCGGAAGACGUGGAGGCCGAGAUGGCCGUGCUACCCAAAGUUCCCUUGACGGCUGAAGUGAAGAUCGGAGACCUCAAGAUGGGGCGUCCGGAAGGAGUGGAUCCGAAGGAGGAGCGCAAAUGGCUGAUUGGGAAGGGCAAUGCUUUGCCGCCUGCCGCAAAGGGCGUCAUCUGCUACAUUGACGUGGGCAACGCGAGACCCGUCGCACAACACUCACCGUGGGCAUCUCCAAUCGUUGUCAUCGUGAAGAAGAAUGGAGUCGACAUCAGACUCUGCGCCGAUUACAAAUUGGUCAACGGACUGACCCAGCUGAUGGUAUAUCCAAUGCCGCUGGUCACGGACCUCUUGGAGGAUCUGGACAAGUAUCGGUGGUACUGUUCUCUGGAUAUUGCCAGCGGGUUUCGGGUAGUGUCCAUGACGGACCGAGCCCGUCUCAUCUCCGCUUUCGUCACACCGUUUGGACUGUUCGAGUGGCUACGCAUGCCAUUCGGUCUGUGCAAUGCACCGCAGAUAUACCAGCGGUUGAUAGACAAUGCGUUGUACGGGUUUUGGAAACUGUCCCCGACGGAGAAUACCCGCGAUGUUUUCAAAGACAGAAUCCCGUCUAAGCCUGGAACGAGGUCCGUUUUGAGCCGUCGGUCGUACAUUGAUGAUAUCUUGAUCGGGGGUACGUCGUGGGAUGACUUGCGCAAGAAUGUGGAACGUCUCUUGGAAGUCUGUGAGGAAUGGCAUUUGUCGAUCAGCGUGGAGAAGAGCGAAUGGGGAAUAUCGAAAGUGGAUUAUCUGGGCCACGAAAUAUCGGAAGACGGACUCGGGGCGAAGCCGAAGAACUUAGAGACCCUUGUGACGUUGGAAUUCCCAUGUACACAAAAGGGGCUACAGUCGGUUUUGGGUAGCCUUAACUACUACCACCGUUUCAUUCCGGAUUUCGCGAUCUACGCGGCCGCGCUCUACUCCCUCUCCGCCCACGAUUUUGAAGAGCGGGUUGCGAAUCCUGAGACGCGCGAUCUAGAUAAUUGGACUCACGCGGAACGGGCAUUUGACACGCUCCGUAGCAUGAUAGCGACUACAUCCAUGUUGAAACAUUUCGACACCGAUAAACAGCCGGUGGUAAUCGUGUACGCGAGUGACGGGGCCGUGUCGGCCGUCCUGGCCCAAGACCAGGACGGGGUAUACCUGCCUGUCAAGUUCACCAGUCGGACGUUGAAUCCCAACAAGUUGAACUACAGCAUCGCGGAGAAAGAAAUCCUGGCACUACUACGCGUCCUGAAUGAAUAUCACAACAUGCUGACGGGAAGGACGAUCCGCGUCCUAACCCGACACACGACUCUCGGAUGGCUUUUCCGAUCCAAGGGUCUCCAGGGGCGACUUUCGCAAUGGGCGGCAAUCCUCUCACCAUGGGGGUUGGAGAUUCUCCGAUUUGUAAAGGGAGAGGAAGAAAUCCUGGGCACAUUGGCCGCGAGCAUCACGCCGGGGGCUACGUCGACGCGGCGCUACAGGAAAACUCCCGUCUAG